AUGUCUAGUAGAAGUACAAGCGGCUGUUGUGGCGCCCUGGCGCUGCUACUCGUGGUGCUCGUGUUAGGUCAGGGCGUUCAAGGCGCCGUCGCGGCGGUGGACUACGGCGACGCGAUGGCGAAGGCGAUUCUGUUCUUCGAGGCGCAGCGGUCGGGGCAGCUCACGGGCGCGGCUAUUCCCACCACCAUCUCGUGGCGCGGCAAUUCCG